AUAUACAUAUAAUAGGCGAGAAACGCGCUUCGCAUUCAGUAACAGUCAGUCGACUUUGGAUAGUCGAUUGUAAGUGUACGUCAUUGUCUGAUGUGUGUUAAUGUGACUAUUUAUCAACAAUAUUUAUUUAUUUAUUUAAAAAAUACAAGAUUUUAAAUAAAAUUUAUUAAUUAUUUAAAUUAAUCAGCUACAAAGUGGACAUGUAAUAAAUAAAGCUGGACAUAUGUAUGUAAAUAAUUUAAAAGUUUAAAUUGGAGCCGAUAACUGAAAGGUGAUUUUUAAAAUAGCGAAGAGUGAAUUGAGGACUUGGUAAUCGGUAACAAAGAUCGAUCAUCAACACCUGAUCAAGGCCAUCGGAUGCGAUCGAAAGCGAGUCGGAAUUGUGGGAAGCAGUUGCGGGUGCAGCACCUUAAAUUUUUACCACCUCGCGGAAUACAUCAUCCAAGCUGGCUGCCUCGGCUGGUAACCCCGCCUCCGCGCAUCCUCCUGUGCUCUGGAGCUCGCGCAGAAAACCAGGGCUGUACUUACGGAGCAUUGGAGAACCGAGGAUGACAGCAGAAACAGCAGCUCCGUCUGUCCAAAGUGUACAAAGUCGAGUUAUGGUAGACGAGACAAGUGCACUGGAUCAACAAAAUCAUCAUCAUCAAAAAUCAACUACCAACAAUGUCAGUACCAACAAUACAUCGCCGACAAAUCGCUCAGGAUCAACGUCCGUCGUAUCAAAUUCCUCACCACCAACCACCGAAUAUAAUCCCGAGUACGCAAGUAUGGAAUCCUGGUUUGACGAGCAUCCGGAUUUCGUCAAUGAUUAUGUCCUAAGAAAAGUGACAAGGCAGACUGUCGACGCGUGGUUAGUAAUGCACGCAACGCCAACAGCAUCAUCAGCAAAUUGCCUGAUGGAGGGUAUGAUGGCUGGUCAGAAUCAUUGCUCCCAAAAUUCGAACGCGUGUAAUAAUGCCAGUGGUGCAACAGUUACGUCACCAGGUGGUGGUUCUGGUGCUACAACACCGGUACGUAAAAUAUCAGCACAUGAAUUCGAACGCGGUGGAUUACUUAAGCCAAUUGUCAAUACAAUUGACGGUACGCCGACAUUCUUGAGUAUCGCGACCGAAGAAUCUGGACAACCGGGUACUGGACAACAGGGCGGCGGACCCAGUGGUGCCGUUAGACCCCAACGAAAGUCUAGGAAUGAACUUCGUCAGCUUGACGAACGAGAUCUUAUAUUCGAAUUGGUCAAGGAUAUAUGUAAUGAGCUGGACGUAAGAUCACUGUGUCAUAAAAUCCUUCAGAAUGUCAGCAUGCUGUUGCACGCGGAUCGGGGAUCUUUGUUUCUGGUCCAGGGCGAGCGAAAGUGCGCCGGCGACAAUACCCAACGCUCCGAUAACUCAAAUUCUCUUGUCAGUAAUAACAACAACAAUAGCAGCAAACCUAAAAAUAAUAAUAAUAAAAAUAACAGCAACAACCAUAAUACCAAUAAUAAUAACAACAGUAAGACGGCUGGUAAAAGUAAGAGUACAGGCGCGGAUGAAUCAGUGGUGGAUAAUUUGAGCCCUCCAAAAUUAACUCGUCCACGAAGCAGGUGUCUGGUGUCGAAGCUCUUUGAUGUUUGCUCAAGAUCAACACUCGUCGAAAUGGAGAAAAAUGACGAGAUUAAAAUUCCUUGGGGCACCGGGAUCGUCGGGUUUGUUGCGGAAAGCGGCGAGCCUGUUAAUAUUCCAGAUGCAUACAUGGACGAUAGAUUCAAUCGGGAAAUAGAUGUGCUGACUGGGUACAGAACAAAAGCUCUUUUGUGUAUGCCGAUAAAAGAUUGCAGCGGUGAUGUAAUAGGUGUUGCACAGGUUAUCAAUAAAUUGGGCGGCGAGGCUCAAUUUACAGUUCAAGACGAAAAAAUAUUUUCGAGUUACCUCCAGUUUUGUGGGAUCGGCUUGAAGAAUGCCCAGCUGUACGAGAAAAGUCAGCUAGAGGUCAAGAGAAACCAGGUUUUGUUGGAUUUAGCUCGUAUGAUUUUUGAAGAGCAGAGCACAAUAGAGCAUAUGGUAUUUAGAAUUUUGACGCACACCCAGUCUCUUAUUCAAUGCCAACGUGUACAGGUACUUUUAGUCCAUAAAGCAUCGAAAGGAAGUUUUUCUCGGGUAUUUGAUUUUGAAGCAAACGAUCUAACUGGCGAAGAUAAGGAUUCUCGAACUAGUCCGUUUGAAAGCAGAUUUCCCAUAAAUAUCGGCAUCACCGGGUACGUCGCGACCACAGGCGAGACCGUAAACAUACCGAAUGCAUAUGAAGACUCACGAUUCGACUCAUCGGUAGACGACGGCGCUGGAUUCCGUCACAAAACAAUUCUUUGCAUGCCGAUUAAGAAUUCAUCCGGUCAAAUAAUUGGAGUUAUUCAGCUUAUUAAUAAAUUUGAAGAUCUUUUAUUUACUAAAAAUGAUGAGAAUUUCGUCGAAGCUUUUGCUAUUUUCUGUGGAAUGGGAAUUCAUAAUACACAUAUGUAUGAAACAGCGAUCACUGCAAUGGCAAAGCAAAGUGUUACACUAGAAGUUCUAAGCUAUCACGCAUCUGCCUCAAUUGAAGAUGCACAGAGAUUGAAGAGCUUAAGGGUGCCAUCCUCGGCAUACUUUCACCUCCACGAUUUCAAGUUCGAUGACAUACUAAUGGAAGACGAUGAUACUCUCACGGCCUGCCUAAGAAUGUUUCUUGACCUAGACUUUGUUGAACGUUUCCACAUUGAUUACGAUGUUCUCUGCCGUUGGUUAUUAAGUGUUAAAAAAAAUUAUCGUAAUGUUACUUAUCACAAUUGGCGACACGCCUUCAACGUCGCGCAAAUGAUGUUCGCCAUUCUAACGGCGACUCAGUGGUGGAAGAUAUUCGGAGAAAUCGAGUGCCUGGCUCUUAUAAUUGCUUGUCUGUGUCAUGACCUUGACCAUAGAGGCACCAACAAUUCAUUUCAAAUUAAAGCCUCGUCACCACUAGCGCAACUCUACUCUACCUCGACAAUGGAGCACCAUCACUUCGAUCAAUGUCUGAUGAUCCUCAGCAGUCAAGGCAACCAAAUUCUUUCAAACGUUUCGCCGGAUGAGUACUCGCGUGUUGUUAAAGUCCUCGAAGACGCAAUUCUAUCAACAGAUUUGGCGGUUUACUUCCGCAAACGCGGCGCAUUUUUAAAUAUCGCACGCGGUCAAACCUACAACUGGGCGUUGACCGAACACCGCGAAUUACUCCGCGGGAUGCUAAUGACUGUGUGCGAUCUUGCGGCAAUAACAAAGCCAUGGGAAAUUGAAAAACGGGUCGCAGAACUAGUCAGCAGCGAAUUUUUUGAACAAGGUGACAUUGAACGACGAACACUCAACAUCACUCCAAUUGAUAUCAUGAACCGUGAGAAGGAGGAUCAGUUACCGUUGAUGCAAGUUGGUUUUAUUGAUUCCAUAUGUCUUCCUAUUUACGAGGCAUUUGCAUUACUUUCUGAAAAACUACAUCCACUGAUGGAAGGUGUAACGGAAAAUAAAAAAAAAUGGCUAGAGUUGGCUGAGAAUACAUGCACGUCCGGGAAUUGUACCAACCACGAUAGGACGUCAAUAGAUCAAGAUAAAGAAAACGACAAACACGAGAGUGCUGUCGUUGAAUAAUUUAACUUUUUUUCUUUUCGUUUUUUAAAAAUAAUAGUCGCUAACUACCGCUGAGUAUUCCGAAAAAAAAAUUAUAUGGAGUCUUUGAUUUAACAAACAAACAGACCGACAGACAAUAAGAAAAAUUUUAAUAAUUAUUUCAUAAUUUAACGUCAAAACUUAUCAGAACGCUACCGCUGUACCUGAUUGCAUUUACACGGUUUAAAUUUUAAUUAUUUUCAAUUAAUGAGUCUGGUGCUUCAUUUUUUAUCAAUCAUAUAAUUGUGACAUUUUAAAUAAUCUCGCAAUUCCGCGAAAAAAAUUCAUCGUAUUUAAUUUUUUCCAUCAGUUUUAUUUAUUAAUGUUAAUUACCACCGCCUGAUUUCUCUUCUUUUUUUUGUCUAUUUCUGCACUGGGAGCAAAAAAAAAAAUUAGCAUCGGAACUCAUUAUCAAUAGUCAGAGCAAUUAUACGAGAGAAAAAUAGAGCGGCAACAUUGGAGGCGGAAAUGAUAUGAACAAAAAACAAAAAAAAAUAAUGAGGAAUAUGCGGGAAAAUGCGAUUACGUUUAUUGUCCAAUCAGUUGGUUCAGAUAAAUAAUUAGGGUAUUUAAUAAAAUAAAUGAAAAUAGUAUCAAGACAAGUCGCAGUCCCAAAGACGAUAUAUUUAUACAAUAACUUUAUAAAUCUGUUUGUUAUCUCAACAAUAGGCGUCCUACAAUCGUCCAUCGGCGCAAACGUUCUUUAACUUCAUUAUUAUUUUUUUUUACUCCAUACCAAAGUAAACAAACAAUAAACUUUUAUUUUUCUUUUUAUCUAUCAAAUCCCAAGGAAGGAUUUAAUUAUGAGCACGUUAAUUAUUAUGUCUUAUUAGUCACACAUUAUUUAUAAGAGAAAAUAAUUUUAAUAAAUUACGUGUAUUUUAGUGUUUAUGUCCACUUGUGUUAGGGAAGACUUCAAAACAAAAAUAUGAAACAAAGUAAUAUGUGAUUGUUUAUAAAAAUAUUUGUGGCAAGAGUUAAUUUUUGAAUCACCGUUAGGUUUUAUAAUAUUUUUUCAUGCGUUAUAUGUGCACACAAAUUUUAUUAUUAUUAUUAUGAUAUAUAUGUUAAUAUAAAUUUCAUCGAUAAUACAUCAUAUAUAUGUUUAAUAUGCACCUGUCAGAAACACGCCGUAUAAAAUGCAACACAGUACAUAAUGAUUAUAACAAUCACGUGUUUCGAAUAAAGACUGAUCGGUGAGGGAGCAUGCGGCAUCACAAUCUCGUCGCCGUAAUAUAUAUAUAUAUAUAUAUUACAUAUAUAUAUAUAUAUUGAUUAAAAUCUAGAAUGGCCUGCCGCUGAGCUUUUAUUGCUAUUGUUUCUAAUAAAGCUCGUAAACAAAACGAGCCCAAUACACAUGGGACCCAUUUUAUAAAAAUAUUUUUCGUUUUAAUUAAAAAAAAAAGUCCACUGUAAUAUUUUU